AUGGCGGGGCGCGCGGCACUUCUGUUCGGGGACCGAAGGCACCAGCGCCUCGCAGGAACGCCGUGGGCGCUGACUUUGCUGCGCACGACGUCCUUUGUGUCGCGAGCCACCUCCCGGGAAGACGAGGACAGCGAGGGAGCGCGCACCGUCCGGGCUUUAUACCGACUCCCUGAGGAAGUCGUCGACCUCCUCGUGGAAGCUGGGAAGGACACCCCCCUCGAGUUGGAGCACCUGCAGUCUCUCGUCCACUGUCGAGUCACACAGCCCGACACAGGAUCCUCGCCGGAACACGAGCGCGGGGACUGGCGGCUGACGGUGGACCUCGUCGGGCGCAGCGUCCACGCGCGCGUGACGGACGCGACGCUCGCGAUCGAGCAGCCGCGCGUCACCCUGAAGCGCGUCACCUUCAAAGGGACGGGCGACGCGCCGCACCACGACGCGCUCGCCCGGUGGGCGACCGUCACGCUGACGCGCGCGGCCGAGGGCUGCGUGCUCGAGCAGGUCAGCGUGCACGACAGCCGCGGCCGCGGCGUCCGCGUGCAGGGUGCGACGGGGGUUGAGCUGCGGGAGUGUUUGGUGCUGGACAGCGAGGGCGCGGGCAUCGUGGCGCACGCGGGCGCGAAGGUGCUGAUCCGGGGCGGGCACGUGCUGGGGUCGGAGGAGGCGGGCGUGGAGGUGCACGACCGCGCGCAGGUGUGGCUGCGGAACAAGCCCGGCGUCGCGCGCAUCACUGGCAUGGUGCAGCUGUGCAUGAACCAGUGGGCGGUGAGCUGGGUCGUGCCGGCGACGCGGGAGGCGGAGCAGCUCCGCGACGACUUCAAGCCGCCGGUGUGGCUGUGCGGGUCGCACCCGGUGUGCACGCUGCACAACACGCGCGGGGCGUGGCGGGACCGUCGGCAGCAGACAGACGACCGGCCCGCGUGGGUGCGGGAGGUCGGGGGCGCCGCGGACUUCGGGCCGUUCGCGGCGCGCGGCGGGGCGCCGGCGGCGCCGAAGGUCGCGACGGUGGAGGGCGACAGGCGGCGGCGCAUGGUUGCGGCGCUGGCCGACAUGUCCGACAAGCUGGACGCGAUGCUGAAGCGCCGGCCGCCCAAGUACGGCGCGGAGGGGGAGGAGCAGGGCGGCGCGGAGGGCGCCGGCGCGGGGCCGUGCGAGUCGGCGACGGCCGCGAGCCCCGCGAUCGCAGCAAGCGAUCGCAGGUGA